ACCAAGAUGGAGGCGUGCAUGAGGGUACUCAGUCUCCAGCUCGUCGUUAUUGCAUUUUUACCGAUAGCGGUUUGCAUCGAUUCUGAUUUUACCAUUGAAGUUAAGCCGGGGGUACAAGAAUGUUUCUUCCAGAAUAUAAAAGUGGACACAACAAUAGAAGUGGAGUAUCAAGUGAUUGAUGGUGGGGAUUUGGAUAUUGGGUUCGCUGCUUACACACCGGAGGGACAGCUACUGGCAGCAGAUGGUCGCAAAACUGAGAAUGUCCACAGGUUUGAUGUGAAGGGCACAGGGGACUUUAAGUUCUGUCUGGAUAAUACAUUCAGUCGGAUAUCCAAGAAGGUUGUAUAUUUCGAAUUAAUGACUGACGAGGAAGAGGAAGAUGACUGGAAGCCAGACAAAGAUGAGCUCGCUGAACUUGUGGACAUGACCAUGGAGGACUUUAAGUCCAUCAUGACCAAUGUGAAAACAAACCUUGAAAAAUCACAACAGCUACAAAAUUUACUGAAAACCUUCGAAGCCCGGGAUCGGAACAUCCAGGAGAACAACUUCACCCGGGUCAACUUUUUGUCGGGGUUCCAACUCAUUGUGAUGAUAUCAGUUGGGCUCACCCAAGUCAUCAUGAUCCGAAACCUCUUCUCAGACCCCAAGUCAGCUCAAACAAUGAGAGCACGCACAUGACACCCACAACCGACUCACAGUCAGUCAACUAUGCAUUUUAUACCAUGUUGAAUGCCCUCUGUGUUGAACAUGUUGAAUGCCCUCUGUGUUGAACAUUUUGAAUGCCUUGUGUUGAAUAUGUUAAAUCAUGUGCGAUGAAUAGGCCUCUGUAAAUUUCUAUUUUCAAGAAAAAGUCUCAGGAACCUAAAAUAGUCACAUUGAUGGUCCCCAAAGAAGUUAUGCUUGAAAAUGUUCAUACAUUUCAGUACUGAUACAUCAAGACUCUUUCAUUUUUAGUGGUACAUAGGUACAUUUCUAGGAAACAACCAUAUCCAGACUGUUGGUAUCCAAGGUAUUUAAGGAGCCACCUCAAUUUCCCAAGUAGCCUAUUUCAAGCUGCAAGGAAACAAUGAGGCCUCUGGGGUGAGGUAGGGUGAUGGGCUUAGUGAAGAGGUAAUGAAGCCCUAGUUUUGCUGAUUUUGUUUUGUUUCCAUAGUCCUCUCUCUCCCCUCCAAAAAUAUUUUUUGGGUUAAAUAGGACUGACCUUACUGCCCUCCUGUCCUACAGGAAAUUAACCAUAUCUUAGUGGGUAUUUAGGACUAAUGGGUGUUGUAUUGAAAGGGGAGACAAUCAUGAGUUUUGGCCCAGUAAUGAAGCCCACUGUUGAAAAAAUAUAUAUAAUUGGCCUGAAAACUAUGUUAGACUUUUGUUUUGUGCAAGAUGCCAGGUUUGUCACUUAUGAUAGUGUAUACCUCAAUUUCAAUGUCCUUGUAUGAGUUUAAUAACCAAAGUCUGUUUGUGUCUUGU